UCCGCCCCGCGCCUGCGCCGUGCUGCCCGGCGCCAUGGCGGUGCCGUACUGCGCGCUGUGCCGCCGCAGCGCCUUCACGGGCCGGCGGCACCGCUACAGCGCGGGCCACCGCCGGCGGCUGCGGGAGGUGCUGGCCCAGCUGCAGGAGGCCACGGAGGCGGCGCGGGCGGCCGUGGCCGACGGGGCCGCGGCCGUGCGGCGCUACGAGCCGGCGGAGCACGACGGGCGCGUGUGGUGCCCGUGCUGCGGGCGCGGCGUGCGGCGGGACGGGCGGCGCGGCGGGCUGGCGCUGCCGCACGCCGGGCUGCUGCGGCACCUGGCCGGGCCCGAGCACCGCCGGGAGACGGCGCGGUUCUGGCGGGAGCACCGCGCGGAGGCGGCGCUGCGGGAGCGGUGCCUGGUGCCCGCCGAGGAGUACGAGCGGUUCGCGCGGGCUCUGGAGCAGGCGCUGGCCGAGCACCAGCGGCGGGAGGAGGAGCGCAUCCUGCAGAUGGCGGCCGACAUCCGGGAGGCCGAGCGCCGGCAGCGGGAGACCGUGCAAGCCGCGCUGCAGCUUCAGCCCGAGCCAGAGCUUUGUGCAGGACCUUCUGUCUGCAGGCUCCCCGCAGGACCUGAACGGGACAGCCCUUGUGGUGCAGAACAGCCUGGCCCGAGCGGAAUGCAGACAGGAGCUGAUUUAGCCUGGACUGAAUCAGGCAGGGUUCUCACCUUCAUUGGCCACCAGGAAACAGAAGGGAAAGGAAAUGUCCACACAGGAGCAAAACCUCCGUGGCUAACAGAGGAAGAAGAUGGAAGUAAAGAAAUUGGACCUUCCUAUGAGGAAUUUCUCAAACACAAGGAGAAGCAGAAGCUGAAAAAGCUGCCAGUGGAACGUGUUGGUGCCAACUUUGACCACGCCUCUCAGACUAGUGACAGCUGGCUCCCUUCCUUUGGGCGUGUUUGGAACCACGGCAGGAGGUGGCAGUCCCGGCAUCAGUUUAGAACUGAAUCAGGGGAAAAGAAGAAAAAAAGAUGAUGAGAUGAGGAACGCCAGACACCCACUCUGCUCUGGAAAGGCCGACUGUAGCUAGCUGCAGUUUUGUUGCCUUAAGAGCGUUCAUCUGAGCAUCACCUCUAAAGCCACACAAAGUCAGGUCCUGCCAGCAAGGACAGGCUCCUGUG